AUUGAAGAAGGGGAGAUUUGUCUUCUUUUUCAUUUUUGGAUUAUGCCUUAAUGUUUCAAGUAAAAGUAUUUAUUGUUAUAUAUAGAAUUAAUAAUAUUCGUCUAGGAAGAAAAAGUUUGUUUUUCUUUCAUUUUAUUUUUCCUUCCACCACUGCCCACAAGGCAUUGAUUCUCUUUCUCUUUCUCAUCUCUGUGUGUUGUUACCGCUAACUCUCUGCUCUGGUUUUUUUUUAUUCCUUAUGUUUCCCAAAAGAUUUGUUUCUUUUCUUGUAUAAAGAAAACAAAAAACUUAGUUUAUUUUAUUUAAUCUCUUUUUACACCCUCCUUUUUCCAUGGACGCAUCCUCUAGCUUUCUCCUUCCAUUCCCUUUCUAGUAGUUUUGGUUAGCUGUUGUACACAUUGAGCAUCCCAUAGUGAAUGAUUCAGAUUCACCUCUUUUCUUUUAUUCCACAUUUCCACAUCAUCCCUUUAAUUUGGUUAUAUAUACACAUCGCCUUCUCAUAUAUUCAUCAUCACUUGUUUGUUCGUAUUUUGAAACUUGAAGGCUCUCAAAAGAAAACAACAACUGUAGAGUGUUCGGAUACCGUUCAACAGCAAUGAGUUAUUCUCACCAAAGCAUGGGUUCUGGUAGUAGAAAUGCAAGGGGAUAUGAAUUUGGAAGGACCUAUGUUGUGAGGCCUAAAGGAAAGCAUCAAGCCACUAUAAUAUGGCUUCAUGGUCUUGGUGACAAUGGCUCUAGUUUAAAUGUCAUGGAAAAAGCUUCAACUUAUGAGUGUAGUAUAAAAUGGAUUUGCCCGACCGCUCCUACGCGUCCUGUUUCAAGUCUUGGUGGAUUUACUUGCACAGCAUGGUUUGAUGUUGGGGAAAUUUCUGAAGACAGUAAUGAUGAUAUAGAAGGUUUAGAUGCCUCAGCUUCACAUAUUGCUAACCUUUUGUCCUCUGAACCAGCAGAUGUUAAAGUUGGGAUAGGAGGAUUUAGCAUGGGAGCAGCAAUAUCUCUCUACUCUGCCACUUGCUAUGCUCUUGGACGUUAUGGAAGUGGCCAUGCUUACCCUAUAAACCUACGAGCUGUUGUAGGGCUCAGCGGCUGGCUUCCUGGUUGGAAGAGCAUAAGGAGCAAAAUAGAAUGUUCAUAUGAGGCUGCAAGGCGUGCUGCAUCUUUACCAAUCAUACUUACACAUGGAACUGCCGAUGACGUGGUUCCUUAUAGGUUUGGAGAGAAAUCUGCGCAGUCCCUUGGCAUAGCUGGAUUUCGACAAGUCAUGUUUAAGCCACACGAAGGACUUGGUCACUACACUGUUCCCAAAGAAUUGGAUGAGGUCGUUCAUUGGCUCACAACAAGGCUCGGGCUUGAGGGUUCACGUUGAACUUUACAUUCAGAAUGCAAUGCAUCUAGGCGAUAUGGUUGGCCGCGAAGAACAAAGAAUAAUGGGUGGGGGAGGAUAAAAAGAAAAGAAAAAAAACUAUUGUAAACUUGAGAUGGUAGAGAAUGUAUAAUCGGUGGGUUUCUUGGGGGUAUAUAUAUAUGGUUCAUGGUUCGUUGUUUUGUGAUUUAUUAUGUCGUUUGUUCUUUUGUCCAUGUUGGAUUCUUGAUCAUGAAUAAAGGGGUUUAAUGCUUUUAUUCUU